AGCAUGUUCUGGCUCAAGGAAAUGGGGCGGUUCCCCAGCCAUCUCCGGACGAGAUGAUCGCGCAGCUGCAGUCGAAAUGCUCAGCAUGCGCCGGCGGGGGGUACAGCGCCGUGCAUACGCCGGUUGAGAAGGCCGAGGUGCAGAAGAAGAACGCAAAGAAGCACGAUGAUAACGGCCCUUUCAAGAUGAAGAGGGUCGUCCGGAUUCACAGGGACAAGGUGCAGUGCGUGGCCUUGAGCGGGAGCCAGUUCGCCACUGCUUCCUGGGAUUGCACGGUCAAGAUCUACAGCUUGCAGGCGGACAAGGUCGUGCAGAGCUUUGGGAAGCCGAAGUGCCGCUGGACCUCCAAGGACCACGCGGCCGCUCACGACACGAAGCACCACGGUGGGCACGGUUGGGGGCUGAGCCUGUUCGGAUCGCACAAGGCCGACCACCACCACCACGGCCAGGAGAAGAAGGAGGAGCCGUCCAUGCACGGCCUCUACUCGGUGGCCUUCUCCGAGAUCCUUGGCCAGGACCUCCUGGCCUGCUCCUCGGGCCGGGACGAGCACGGGUCCAUACACGCGGGGGGCCCAGAGGCGCGGCGAGCGGGUGCUGCAGAUGGGCGGCCACACGGGGGACGUGAACUGCGUCGAGUUCCACCCCCGCCAGCAGUGCAUGGUCAGCGGCUCGGAUGACGGGACGGCCAAGAUCUGGGACCUGCAGAACCUGUGCGGCACGGAGCUCAGGACGCUCGCGGACCACGACAAUGCGGUGUACGG